AUGACUGUUGCUGUACUCAUUCGAAAUGAAUGUACUGGCGCGUUCGAGAAGACCAUUGCGCUUCUCGAUUCAGCAGCUGAUUCUUCCUUCAUUGCUCACGCGGCGGUUCAACGCCUACACCUCAACACUCAUCGCGAUCAGAUCCUUAGAGUAUCCACAUUCGGAGGUAGAGCAGAAAAAAUCAACACAAGAGUGGUGACUGUACCAUUGUUCAACGAUGAAGGCGAUUUUAUUGAAGUUCAACUUUUCACGAAAUCUAUCCUCACUGCAUCAUUUUCGUUGCAAGCCCUUUCACCUAACGAUCUAUCAUACAUACGACACGAACUCUCCUUAACGAACCUCGACAUACAUCAAGGAGAUAUCUCUCCAGAGGUUUUACUAGGAAUUGACUAUUUCAACACCAUAGUUAAUUCAUUUCAGCCAGCCGUUCAACUUCCAUCAGGUCUCUACCUGCAAGAUACAUUUUUUGGUCCUGUCAUCUCAGGCACAACGACUAAUCUCGUUGACUUCACGAUCCAUAAAGAUAACACAACGCUCUUGGUAGCACAUGGUUCGUGUAGCUCAAUGGAAUCCGAUCUCUCCGACAUGAUGAAACUUGAAUCUGUCGGCAUUUGUGACAACCCUUCAGAUCGCAUAAGAGGGAUCGAAUAA